GAUAAUUUCAAAGACAACCGCAUUGUUAUUUAUUAUUACGUGUAUGGCUUGCGUCGCGUGACAAUGGGUGGCGACUUCCCCAUAAAUCAGCUUCUUCUUCCCCAUACCCAGACCCAUGUGCAGUUGGUUUUGAGCUUUCCUCCUCUCGUCCUCUCUCUCCUCUCGCGACUCGUCUCGAUUGAUAAACCCUAGGCAGCCGCGAUGGCGGAGACCGAGGUCAGAGAGUCGCCGUUGACCGCCGCCCCUGCCCCCGAGGUGACUGUCAUCGAGAGCCCCCGAGUUCCCCUGCUCCAUUCCGUGCUCGCCACCGCCCUGUGGAUUGGUUGCAUCCACCUGUUCUUCGCCGUCAUGUUCACCGCCACUUUCCUGCUCCCCCUCUCCAAAUCCAUUGCGGUGUUUGCUCUGCUACUGGUUCUUAUUGUGGUUCCUGUUGAGGCUGAUAGUAAAUUUGGGAUGAAAGUAAGGAGGUAUAUCUUCAAGAACGUUUGUGGGUAUUAUCCGAUUACCGUACACGUCGAGGAUAUCAAGGCCUUUGUUCCAAAUCGGGCUUAUAUCUUUGCGUUGGAGCCACAUUCAGUGUUGCCUGUUGGUGUCAUCUCACUUAUGCACCUUUCAAAUGCUGUGCCCCUCCCAAAAACUAGGGUUCUUGCCAGUAGCGCUGUGUUUAGAACACCAUUCCUGAGGCAUAUAUGGACAUGGAUGGGCCUUGCAGCUGUAACAAGGAAAAAUUUUAUCUCCCUUUUGGCAGCUGGUUAUAGUUGCGCCAUAAUACCAGGUGGGACGAGGGAGACAUUGCUUAUGGUGCAAGAUCAUGAGAUUGCUUUCCUUAAGACGAGAAAAGGAUUUGUUCGCACGGCUAUAGAGACCGGUGUGCCUCUAAUCCCUGUUUUCUCUUUCGGCCAGUCAAAAGUCUACAAUUGGUGGAGGCCAACUGGGAAGUUGUUCCUGCAAAUUUGCAGAAAGAUCAAGUUUACACCGAUGUUCUUCUGGGGAGUUUUGGGAACUCCUAUGCCUCGUCGGCUUCCAUUGCAUGUGGUUGUGGGUAGACCAAUUGAGGUUAAGCAAAAUUCACAACCCACAGCAGAAGAGGUGAAUGAAGUGCACAGUCAGUUUGUGGGGGCAUUGCAAGAUCUGUUCGAGAGGCACAAAGCAAGGGUUGGGCACGCUGAUCGUGAGCUGAAAAUCAUUUGAUUUGAGCAUUACUCUUUUUAGUGCAGCUUCCUGCAAUAGGAAGCCCUUCUUUGGUUUAGGUUUGGGGUUUUGGGGUGGGGGUGUGGGUGAUGAGGGGUUUUUUUAAUUGUAAGUUCUCAUGUGCAUGUAGACUUUCUAUGAAAUAACCUUUAGUCAAGUGCUUCUCUAUGAAUUUUUCUUUGAUAGAUAA